AUGAAACAAAUAAACAUUUCCAUUGUUGGCAGCAUCAGUAAUGAAGGCAUCAGUAGCUACAGUGCUGAAGAUUUAUCCAACACAAUUUCAAGCAUGGUGUCUUCAGAGGUGACAGGACAGAAGAGUAUCUUGCAAGAACACAGAGGACAAACAGCCUCUGAUUUCUUAAAGCAGGCUGCAGAAGCAAGAGAGAAAAGUCUGCCUACCUCAAUGCCUUUUGCAUACUGUGCUAAAGAACAUGUCACAGCAGAUCUUACAAGCAACAAUGACAAGCUACCAACCUCAAAUUGCAGUGAAGCAGUACCAUCCCCAGGUCCAGUGAAUGACAAAGAAGAGGGAAUAGCACAUGCCAUAUCUGUGGACAGAGGCCCAAAAUGUGACAAUAUUGCUGCCACUUCUAUGAAAAACAGCGAGAAUGAUCCCAGAAAAGCAAGCCUGGAGCCCAGCCCUCCUGCAGCAAUUACAGAAAUGCAAGGAGUCACACAAAUGAGUUUGAGUGAAUUAGGAUCACUCUGGCAGAGUGAACAGCUGGGUGGCAUGAGGGAACCACAUGUCAGCACGCUUCCCCAGGGUAAAGAAGCAGGAGAUUAUUUUACUGCUCAGAAGGCCAAGCAGGAGCGAGGAGUUUUGGAAGUAGGUCAGCCGCAGACUGUAAUGCAGCAAGGUAGACAGAACACAGAUGGUGGAGAGGGUCUGCUAAUGAAAAAGGAAACCUUAAUCCUAAAUUAUCCAGCAACAGGAGGCUCAGACAGUGAAAAAUUUGGAGCAAUUGUGAAUGCUCAGGGCUUCGCUGAGAUCAGUGAAGUCUGUAAUCUACAGAUGGGAGCUGUAACAACAGCUAAAGGGGAUGAGGCAAACCCAGCUCUAUCUGGAAGCAAAGGGGAACCGUCAGAAGCCUGUACUUUAAUGUCAGAGUUGCCUUCUAACCCUCCAAAUCUCUUCCUGGUACCAAAGCCUGAAGAGCCUUCAAGGGAAUAUGUGCCUGGAAAUGACUCUGAAGAUCCAACGAGGAGUGAAGCAAUGAAAACAGCCUCUGAAAAAAAUGAACCCAUUUUUCAAAGAGACCUUCAAAAGGAGGAUGAGCUUGUUAGUGCUGAGCAUUUCGGUGUGCCUUUAUCAUUUAAGCGAGAGGAAGAAGAAAAAUCAGCUGUCACAACUGAAAGCCCAAAAGAUGAAGCCAAAAGCAAUGAAAUUAUAAAAGCUGAUGAUGUGUCUAGAGAAAGCACUACACUUUCUGAAACAGAAAGCAUUAUCAAUCCCACCAAGGAAAACUCCCUGGUAGAUAAAAGAUUAUUACUGGAAGAAUAUGCAUUAAGUACUUCUCUGAGCAGAUCCACAGAGCUGAAUCAAAAAGCAACCGAGGCGAAUGUAACAGGAGAAAAAACCAAGAUCAGAACAGAGGAGGCACGAGUGACAGAAACCAGUGAAUUACCUGAGGGGUCAAGUGGGGCAGAAAGACAACUAUUGAACUCUGUUAGUAGCUACCACCAGGACGCGGAAAAUAUCCAUUUGGGACACAAUCCUGAAGAAGUCAGUCUUUGUGAAAAGACUUCAACAGGUGACCUAAGGGAAGAAGCUGGGGAAAAGCCUCUGAAUUUAGACAGUAACUUUAAAUCGCCUAAAGACAAUUCACACUCUCUUGGUUGUAAACCUGAACAACAAAUGAGUAAAGAGAAAACAGCUGCUACAGCUGACCUGGAGAAUAAGCUCGUGGCUUCCCCACAGUUUCCAAGGGAAGAAUGCCCACUGGGUUUUGAUUGCUUUAACACUGAAACAGAAGACAAGACUUUGAGCCAGUCAGGUUGUAACAGGACUGAAAAGGUUUGUUUAGCCGGUGCACACAGUUCACCGCUUCUCCAUUCUGAGAACAAUAAUAUUAGGCAGAGUAAGCAGGAUGAAAGGGAAAAGGCUUUUGCUAGAGAAACUGUGUUAGAAUCUGAAUGCAAAAUUGAAAGUCGAGAAAAGCCUGAGAGCUAUAGCAAGUCAGAAGAAAGUGCAAAAAUGUCCAAAUCAAAACUCGAGCUCCAGGGCUUAAAUGAGUUGGCAGGGAGCAUGGAUCGCAUGGCUGUACAAACUGAGGAGGCCUCACGGGUUUCGGAAGCCAAAGAACAGAUCGGUCACAUCUCUGAAGUGCCUCACGGCAAUCCAGAGCAAGGACCUGCAGCUGCAGCUGCACAAAGCAGUGCCAUGGAUGGUAAAGAAAAUGAGGGUAUUCAACAAGAGAAGCACCAAACUGCAAUGAAAAGUUUCAUGGAGGACAAAGAUUUGGCACUGAAAAGUGAAUGCAAAUCGGAUGUGCUGAUGCAAGCUCAGCAGGAGCAAGUGGCUGCAGAAAGUCACAGAAAUCCGCAGAUGGCUUGUUCAGAAACCUCCCAAGCUGUAGUCGGUAUUUCAGGGCUCACUCCUCUGCAAGUUCACGUGGAGGAAGGGGGCGACAGCCACGUCAGUGAAAACAGCUAUCCCUCCGAGAGUGACACGGGCAGCUCUUCUGAGGCCCUGGAGUGCAGCAUCAGAGAAUUGCAGAAAAAUGCAGAUGUUCCAACUGCUCUUCCCCAAGCAGAGCAAAUUGAGAAGUCAGUGUCUGUUGCUGGUGACAGUGGCUGGAUUUCAGAUAUAGGGCUCGAACAACAGAAGCAGCAAAACAGUUUGACAACUGUCGCAAGAGCAGACGAUCAGGAACACAAAGAAAGGGCUCUAAAACCUGAACAGUCAUUGGACCUAAAUAAUCACAGCAACAUAGCAGAAAUACCUCUAAGCAUUUCAAACCACCUUAACAAAGAAUCUUCUGUGCUAGGUCCAGCAUCGAUCCAAUGUGACUCUGACACAGCAAAAGAAAAGGACAAGGACAAAAGCAGUGCUGUGGUGUCAGAGGAUAUGUGCAGCAGCAAACAUGGGCAAAAUAUUUCUGGUGUGACCAUGCUUAAUUUGCAAGAUUGCAACGAGCAAAACAAAACCGAUCUCAAGGCAGGAGAAAACUGCCGCAGUAAGCAAAACUCAAACAAGCCCGAGCAGGAUAAUAAUUCUUUGAUCUCAGCUAGUCAGCAUGAAGCAGCAUGUCAUAGCGAUACAUUUUCUAAAGAAUCUGACAAGAAUGAACAGCUAGGCAGUGUAUGCGGGAUAAAGGAUAAUACUGGUGAAAGCCGUGCUGCUGCUAUAAAUGCUCUUCCAGGGACACAGAAUUCAGCAAGUGCUACUAACAUAUCAGAGGCUUUGCCAAGUGAUACAGAAAUAGCACAUACUUCUGAUAAUUCUGAGAAAAAUGAUCCUCAAAUAUCUCAUCCAGAAACUCAAGGAAAAGUGCCAUUAAUGGCAAAAAACUCUGAAAAGAUUGAAGGUCUGACUGCUGAUGGGGAAAUCAUCCGGAGAGAUGGAAACAUGGAGAUAAGUUGUGAGGACAGUGCUUCUGUCACAGAAACAAACAAUAUGAAAACUGAUAAAACCCCAGGGGCACAAGAAUCUCCUUCACCGUUACAGGCACAUGGGGAACUAAUUCCCACUGAUAAGUCAUAUAAAUCCAGCUGCAUUCAAAAGACACCAGAGGAGCCUGGUUAUUGUCAAGCAAAUUUUACAGCUCUCUCUACACGGACCUCUGCACUCAGCCAUCCUGGCCAGCAACCUGGAAACAAUAUAAACAAUGGUACUGGAGGGGAAUUACUAAAUAAUGAGCUGGAAGUUGUAGCAUGCCAAAAUGCCUUAGAAGGUAACUCUAAUUUGCAGAUUGCUGCAGGUUCUCAGGUGUCUGCGCACUUAUGUCCUUCACGCAGGGUAAGCGCAGGUAAAACAGCAAAUUCAGAAAACAGCUCUGCAGCGAGUAUGUGUGUGAAUAAAAAAGAUGUUCCAGACCAAAAUUCUCAGAGUGAUGGAGACAGAAGUUUAGCCCUGCCAGAGACUUUAAAUGUGGGGCAGAGUACUGGAAACUUAUCGCAGUUCAAUUCUGAGAAACUGGAGAAAGAGAUAUCUGCAAUUAAAUCCAAAGAAAGAAAAAGUGAGGUAAACUUCAAAGAGCAGCGAAGUGACAGUUCAGCAGAGUCUCUGUUAGCUCUCCCUACUCUAGAAGGGAAGCUGCUGAGCCUUUCAUCUGUUGGUAAACAAGAAGGCUGUAAUGAGGAAAUUGCAACCAAUAUCUGCAUAGAUGACAAGUACGGUAAGAUCUUAGAGAAACCUGGGAAUUCAGAAAAAAUGGAAGAGCUUUCAAAAGAGAAUAAUAACGUAACCAGGGCAGAGAUCAGUAUUUCCGAGCAGUCUGCAGAGAACUCUGGAAGGGAGCAUGAGGCUCUGACCUGCAGCUCUCUGGACAUUGGCUCCAGUCUCCCAGACUUUAGGGAGCAUCUCAGCCAGAUAUUUAAAAAAACUGUCCACAGCACUCUGAGCACUGAAUUACCCCAACUUUUGUCUGAAAAUCAUGCAGGCUUCAAGCAGAGUCCAGUGGCCAAGGAUACAGCAGAACUGUGUGGUGCUGAGAACUUUUCAGAAUCAAACAAGGCGGGCAAAGAAACUCCCGAGAGCACCUCAGAAGCAGAGGGGCAAGAGUUGUCUUUAGCUACGGAGUCUUCCUGCAAAGCUGCCAAGGGCAAAUCUCUGCAACCAGAAAACACAGUGGCAGAGCUGCCACCAGCGAGUCUCCAGGACAUUGAAAAAAAUAGCCUGCCCGGUAGCUGUUUAGAAGUGGUCUCUAGAUUGGAGGGCAUUACACCGGCGGAACGUGCUCUGGAAAAUCUGCAAAAGCCACACAAAACCACUGAGCAUCCAGAGGGCAGUGAGAUGGAAAGAAAGGAAGGUGUGUGUGCUAGUGGCGUUGAUCCUGAAUCACUAAUAAGCUUAGAGAUAAAGAAGCAAGGACCGGCUUCAUUUUAUGGGGCAGCAGCUGAGAACUUCCCUGCAUAUGCUGACAGUAAGCAACAACCCACUAUAGCUGUUAUCUCUACAGGCGAUGUACAGAAGAGGGACUUAGAAGAUGCUGCUACCGCAGAGGGAAAUAACUUAAUUACAGAGUGUAAUGCAGAACCAGUUUCAUCUGAAGAGGAUGUAAGUCUUCCUACUGAACAGUGCCAGGAUCCUAAGCCAAAUGAACUGGAGAAAAGUGAGUACGGUGAUCCAGACAUUGCCAAGAGCAUCUCUGACAUGGCAGCUUCCACACUUGUCCCGGGAGGAUCUUACAAUCAUGAAAAAUUGCCAGACAAUUUUAAUGUGUCACCUGGGGAAAAUCAGGAGACACACGUUCGCAGCAAUUUUUUGCAUGACAUUAAGUCUCAGAAUGACAUGCAGAUGAUACCGGAUGAUCCAGUAAAUAGGAAAUGCUUGGAAACAUUGGAAAAUUCGCAAGAUGCACAGCAAGAAAAGAAAGUGGCUGUGCAUGGGUUGAUAGAUUACUUAAAAAAUGAAAUAAGCCAGGAUAAUUGCUUGCAAACUGACUCUAAACUAGAAUCUAUGACUGAGGGAGAUGUAAAAGAGAACAGUGACACAGUGUUAAGCACAGCAAAGAUAGGUAACGAAAAAACUGGAGACAUCCCUGAAACAGGUACUGCAAGGAUGUUAGUCACUGGUGAAGGUGACUUAGCUAUAAACACGAGCACUGAAGAGCAGGAGACAGACCUGUACAAAAAUCACUCUCCAACCAUUCCUGUGAUGGAGCAGGGUGAGCAUUCUGCAUGUACAGAUCUCACUGUUGCUGAAAAUCAGCCAAGCAAGAUGAAUUCAGAACAUGAAAGCUCACUUCAGGAUGCCAAAAGAAAGCUAUCACCGCUUGCAUUAACUGAGCCUAAGAACCUUGACCUCAAUGAACUUCAAGACAUGGCUGUGGCAGGAUUACCUACUGAAAGGUAUUUACUUUAA